CUCGGGUUUAUGCCGCGUCGGCGCAUCGGCCGCGAAGUGUAAGACUUCUCUGCGCCCACCCCAGCUGGUGCGCUGGUCCUUUGGCCGAAGUUUUUAAAAUUGUAAAAAAUUGAAACGUGUGCGGAGAAUUACCUGCUGUCUUUUCACUUCUUGCAAAAUGGAACAACGACGCCUUUGCUUUGGUGUGCUCUUUGAAAUGUUGUAUGCGAAAUGAAAGUGGAAAUAUUGUACGAUGUGCUGAUUCUGCAGCGGCAUGAACUGCAAGAGAGAUGGAGAAAAGUUUUGACGUGUGAUAGACUCUUUUGCUAAGUAAAGCAUUCCAUUCUUUCGGGAUUCUUUCAACUCAUUUUGCUGCCAGCCUAUGAAAAUGAAUCUUGAAAAAUAUUCAUGCAUGACUAACUAGAAGUAACAAAUGUUACCAUUGCCUCAAACUCAAUUAAUCGAUUCGUCUGCGCCAGUGGAAGUGACUGUGAGUUGUAUUGUCUUCACCGUCAUGAUGUUUUAUUUUCCGUCUGGCGCUGAUUGCGGUUCACGAACACAACUAUCACAAAAUACAUCGAGUUAUCUAAUAAUUCCAGGACUCUCGAUCGAUAUAUGUGUGUCUGUAUGUAUGGAAGGUGACCCAUCAACACGCUGGGCCUUUGCCCGUGUUCAGUCUCCAGGGAAACUUGAGGCCGGGGCGGGGGCCUUGCCGUCACGCUCUCGCGUGUUCCAGACUGGCGCGGGGAUACUGCACCAGGUGAGUCGGCGGCAGGUGUUCCCCAGAGGACCGCAACUUCAAGCGCCCAGGUCCGCCUUGGGCAUCCUCAACCCAGGCGCCCGGGCCGAGCGAUCAGACCCCAGAAAAGUAGCAGCGCCAAGGAGUGCGAAGCUGGCGGUGGCGUGUUGUCUGCCCGCCUGGGGCUUGACACUGGGGACCGGUGCGCGGGUCCGUGGCUAGGGUUAACCCUCCACAACGACCGCAACCGAGGCCAGGAGGGAAGGACGAAAAGGGGAAGAAGGAGGAGGGGUGCGGACGCAUCCCGGCAAGGGUGAGGAGAGCAACCAGGCCGCGCACACCACACGACACGGGACUAGAAAGCAACCACACCGGGGCAGCCAAUCAGACCGCCGAAUCUCCUCACGGCUUCGCAGCCACGGCUUUGUCCUUUUGCCUUGUUUUCUUUGAAAGAAAACGAGGCGGCACCAGCUCGCUGAAGCUGUGGGGCUCUCCUCACCUUGGACACACAGAAGACAAGAACCACGGAAGCCAGCGCGCCCCCCUCUCCUGCUGUGCUGUUGGCGCUUCAUCUCAGGCCUUGGCACGCAAUGGAGCAAGACGCCCCGGACUGGCCGUCUCUCUUUCUUUCUCUUGCAUCACACACUCACAGGAGGAACAACCAUCAGCCAUGCCAGUAGCUGUUAGCCCAGUAUCUCCUUAGUGAGCACAGGCCCAUGCGUCCAGGCCUCCCCUAUGCUGCGCACCAAUCGCGGCGCGAUGCUUCUCGCAAAGCGCUACGGCGCCUCAUUCUGUCCGGCCUGGGGCUAGGCGUGUAAUUCCCGCGCCCCCUCUCAGAGGUGGGGGCAUCUUGUCCCACCAGGGGCGGGUGUUUGUCCUCUCAAAGGCACUUUCCUGCCUUCCCACCAGGGGCGGAGCCUCAAUCGAUAUAUGGCGCGUGGUUUGUUUUUAGUUUUAUAAGUAGAUCAUUCAUUCGUGUUUGAAUUUUUAUUGCUUUAUGAUUUCUUGAUAUUGAUAUAAUGUACUACUAGAUAGUUUCUCAAUAAAAAUGAAAGCUCAUUGUAUAUCUUCGACUUCUGUGACGUCAACAGACCGAGGAGUCGUUCCAGGACAAAUUUACUACAGCGAGCAGUGACUUCGCAGCGAAUUCCAGUUUUUUACUAGUUGUAGCAAUAGAUUAUACUCGAUUAUCGGCAUUGUCAGUCUGAAAAUAGACGACAAUUCCGAGUAGUGUAAUUCAUUGAGGCCUUUGUGAUGCGAAGGUGCCGACGAGUGCUACAUAAUUAUACUCUACUUCGAUGCUGAUCAUUCGUGUAUUCUUCCAUUGGUCGUCCCCAGAACUAGAAGAUGAAGUAGCUACCAGAUUGUGACUGGAGUAGCCAGUUACUGAUACUAGGUAUUGACUUGUUUGAAAGGUAAUUUUGUUUAUCAGUCCUCUCGAGUAUGUCUUUGAUGAUCGUCAGGAAGAUACGCAUCUAAUAUUAUACCGAUGCGCCGUAUCUCAGGCAGGGAAAUCUUAGGCAGGUUGUCGAAUAGAUUCGCAUCAUCAUACCGAUAAUGGAUACACCGCGGGAGCUAUUACUAAGGUAAGAGGCGCGACCAAUUUUUUUUUUAGGCAGAGCCCUAGCUUCUUCUAAAUCUCAUCUACUCUGUGCGUGAAGUAGUCUGAGCGAGGCCGCUCUACUGAUACUUGAUAUAAUUAAAGGGUAGGUGAAUGACAAAACGAGCAGCUUUUUCUGGCCGACUACAGGCAGGAAGUAGAUGAAUCGUGUGCCCACGUGCGAGAGAAAAACUGUGACUCACAAUGACAUCAUCACGAACGGAGAUAAAUACACCAUCACGAACGGAGAUGAAUACUUUGAGUUUUCACUUUUUCGGCGUUUUUUAGGGUUUGCGU